AUGUGAGUACGUACGUGUGAGUAUACACACAUGGAACUACAACUGUACAUGUACCUUUUUUAGCUGCGUGGUGUAGUACAAAAUCUACACGGUUGGCUCCUAUAUCAAAAUAGAUUCUGAGUGUACCAAACAGUACACGCGAAUGGCGGCUAGGAUGCUGUAUUAUUACGGUUAGCUUCAUUCUGUCAUACGAUAAAAUUUAUGUGUCGUAGACCUAUUAGAUACAAUUUGUCGCAGCGAUCCGACACAGUAGUUUGAAAUUUAAUUGUAGAAAAAGACUUGACUAACAGGCAGGCUGUGUUUAGUAAGCACGAACGGUAAAAGCUAGCGACACCGAUCGGGAACCAUCAGACCAUGAUCAGACCAUGGCGGAACAAACCACACGUGCCUCACAUACUCAGAGUCUACCAGUGCUGUAUGUACGUGGAACCCACUAUCAAGUUGGAGUAGAAAUGGGGAGGACGUUUAAGAACAACAUUCAGGUUUACUGCAGUGAGAGUAGUGCCCUUAACGAGGCCCUUCUACCGUACUACUACACCGAUGAAGGGAAGACUGUUUACAAUGAGUAUCAUGAAGCUAUGAGGCAGGUCUAUCCUCAAUAUGAGGACGAACUUCGGGGCAUUUCUCAAUCAUCCGGAGUUGAAUUCCAUAAGAUUUUUCUUCUACACAUAAGCUCCGAGUUGUUGGGGUUGCUAGGAAAGCAAGCAACGGCAGGCUGUACAGACAUCAUGCUUAACUACAUUGACUACCAAGGGACACAGCACAGUGUCAUCGCACACAACGAGGACGGUGAUAGGCUAACGGAGCGACUGGCGUACGUGGUUCACGCUCACAUCAAGCCUGACCCGGAUCUUUAUCCACAUCUUCCUACGGAACGCUUUGUGUCUUAUACGUACCCAGGGAGACUCCCCGGAAAUUGCAUGACAGUUAACCACCACGGGCUUAUGUGGUCAAUAAAUAUUUUGUUUCCCAAAAACAUUGGCAGGAGGAGAACAGGAAUUUACACGUUGACCCGUGCACUUGCUUCUGCUAAAAGCUUAGAGGGGGCACAGGCGAUCAUUGCAGACGACCCACUCGGCUGUGGCUACGGAUUUAGUGUGAAUUUGUCUCAAAAACAAAAGAAUUCCUCUGAAAUACUAAUGAUGAAUAUUGAAGUGGCACCACGAGCCCAUGCGACACCACAGCCUUACCAUAUAAAGAGACUACCGACGUCUUCCGACUGGGAAAGUGGAGUCGCUUUCCAUUUCAACAUGUAUGAACGUAUGCCUGAGGUAGAACAGCACACAGAUCAGAGCUCUGUGCAGCGUAAACGCACAUUGCUCGACUUGGCAAGGUUACCUGCAGACUUCAACAAAGUCCUCGAUAUCCUUGGCAACCAAGACCAUCCUGUCUACCCUGUCUACAGAAAUGGCACACCACCAGACACAUUUGCUACUUUUGCAACAGGUGUUUUCGAUCUGCUGAAGGGAACUUUUUGUAUCUACGUAGGUAACCCGCAAGAUGACGCAGAGCCGAUUGCUUCAUUUCCAAUAUAGUCGUGCAACAAGAUGUGUGGGCUGUAAACUACACUGUUUGAAAAUUCAAAUAUUAAAUUUGUACAGCAGUGACUGUAAAACAGACUUUCUAAAAUAAGGCAAACGUUAAUUAGAUGUUUUGUAUUAAUUUAAUGCAAUCGAAGGAACCUUGCUGUCCACACUACAUUAUUUGACGGGAUUUUUGACAGUCUUCCAUCAUAUUCUUUUUUUUCCACUCCAGUUGACAGUAAAGACCAUGUACCAGUGACACCUUAUUCGGUGCACCAGUGCUGUCAAAAUAUUUUUUAUACUCCAGUAUGCCAUACAUUAACCUUUAGCCAUGAUCAUUGCGAUGUUGAUGACCUUUGAACCAAAUUAAACAGACUAGCAUUAACGAAAUUA